AUGAGAAUUCAAACCCCCUUAGCCACGACCGUGGUAGGGUUUCUAUUCCCCUUGCUGGCACUAUGUCAAGAUAACCAGAAUUGGAUUUCCGUGGGUGAUGACGGUCAUUCGUUUUCUCUAUCUUCCUCCAAUAUCUCCUAUCAAUUCCAUGUUGAUCCGUUGACGUUGGAUUUGAUUCAUGAUCAUUGGGGCGCCUAUGCUGCCGAGACGGUUCCCGAUUUUAACGGUGUGGUAUCCGGAUGGGGCACUCCAUACACGUAUAGUCGGCGCGAGUUUCCUGAUCUCGGUCGUGGCGAUUUCCGAGUGCCAGCAAUCCAUAUUCAACACUCCGACGGGAACACCGUAUCGGCAUUUUCGUAUACGGGGUAUGAUAUUAGCCCAGGAAAACCGGCUCUCCCUGGCUUACCGGCCACUUAUGGCAGCGAAGGAGACGUAUCGACACUCACUAUACACUUAUAUGACAACUAUUCCGAUAUAUCUGCGGACCUGUACUACUCUAUCUUUCCUAGGUAUAACGCUGUUACCCGCAGCUUUAAGAUUACGAAUAAUGGAAGCCAGGAUAUAACGGUACUUCGAGCUAGUAGUUGGAGCAUAGAUAUGCCGAAUGAGGAAUUAGAGAUGAUUGAUCUCUAUGGUGACUGGGCAGCAGAGGCUCGCAUUAAUAGACGUUCGGUUACGUAUGGAGAACAAGGUUUCCGCUCAUCUGCAGGGUACUCGUCUCACUUCCAUAACCCAUUUCUUGCUCUGGCUUCUCCGAGCACUACCGAAUCUUCUGGUCCGGUAACCGGUUAUUCUUUGGUUUAUACAGGCUCGUUUUCUGCCGACGUCGAACGCUGGUCGACUGGCUGGGUCAGAGUUCUCCUUGGUUUGAACCCGCUGCAUCUCUCGUGGCCUAUUGCACCAGGAGAGGUAUUUAAUUCCCCCGAGGUAGUUUCUGUCUACUCAGAACAAGGCCUGGGAGGGAUGUCCAGAUCUUUCCAUUCGCUUUAUAGAAACCAUCUAUCUCGCUCGAACUACACAUUCGAGACUCGUCCACCACUGCUAAACUCUUGGGAGGGUCUUGGUUUCGAUUUUAAUCAGUCAUCAAUGGUUAGAUUAGCCCAAGAUGCUGCUGACCUUGGCUGUAGUCUGUUUGUUAACGACGAUGGGUGGUUCGGUACUGAUUAUCCUCGAAAUAAUGAUAGUCUCGGCUUGGGUGAUUGGAUUCCUGACCCAGCCAAAUUCCCUGAUGGUCUUGGGCCCUAUGUCGACCAAGUGGAUAAUAUAACCAUUCAGGGCACCUCGGAACAUGUGGAGUUUGGACUAUGGGUUGAGCCGGAAAUGGUCAGUCCCGAUUCUGAUCUGUAUAAGCAACAUCCUGAAUGGUGCAUGCAUGCGGGAAAUCACAACCGUACACUUCAAAGAAACCAACUUGUUCUAAACCUUGGCCUUCAAGAGGUUCAAGAUUAUAUCAUUACGGUAAUCGAAAGGCUACUCGAUUCUGCUCCUAUCAAGUAUAUCAAAUGGGAUAAUAACCGUGGUAUUCACGAGAUGCAAUCUCCUUCUGCAGACCACGCUUAUAUAUUGGGAUUAUAUCGGGUUAUUGACAAUCUCACGACUGCACACCCAGAGAUCUUGUGGGAAGGAUGUGCGUCAGGCGGAGCCAGGUUUGAUGCCGGUUUACUUCACUACUGGCCACAGAGCUGGACGAGCGAUGAUACAGAUGGUUUAGAACGUCUUUACAUCCAAUUUGGUACAUCUUAUCCUUAUCCACCCUCAGCAAUGGGCUGUCACGUCAGCGCUGUCCCGAAUCAUCAAACCGGCCGUAUCACUCCUCUAGCCUUUCGAUCAGCUGUGGCCUCGAUGUGCGGGUCGUUCGGCUUCGAGCUAGAUCCUUCCACGCUUACCCAAGAGGAACGCGAUACGAUUCCCAAAUUGAUAUCGACACAGCAGAAAAUUAACCCUAUCGUAAUUAACGGCGACUUCUACCGCUUAGCACUCCCGGAUCAGUCCAACUGGCCCGCAGCUAUGUUCGUCUCUCCUGAGCAUGACUCCGCUGUCCUAUUUGCUUUUCAGAUCCGAUCAGCCCUGAAACCAUUACCACCGCCGCUGAAGCUACAGGGCUUAGACCCAAAUGCAAAAUACACGGUGAGCAAUGGGACCUGGGAGCAGAAUUGGUCUGGCUCAACAUUGAUGAAUACCGGACUGAGCUUGAUCUGGCCAACCUCUGACUACGAAAGUAUGAUUUUGACUUUUGAUAGACAGUGA